AUGCGCUUAGUCUUUGCAAUGCCCUCACCAAAGAAAAUGAAAGGGAUUGGACCUGAAGAGGAAGGUGCAGCUGAAGUUGGGGUAAUAGAGACAACUAUGAAGAGAAUGUCUUACAAACAUCCCAAAAUUAAAACAUUGACUUUAUGGGACCUACCUGGUAUUGGAACUCAGAAAUUCCCACCAAAUGCUUAUCUGGAGAGGGUGAAAUUCAAAGAAUAUGAUUUCUUCAUUAUUGUUUCUGCCACACGUUUUUCAAAACUUGAACUAGACCUCGCCAAAGCAAUCAAAACUAUGAAAAAGAAUUACUACUUCGUGAGAACUAAGGUGGAUAUUGAUUUAGAAAAUGAAAAGAAAGUCAAACCACGUACUUUUGAAAGAGAAAAGAUCCUGAAGCAGAUCAAAACAUAUUCUGUGAAUACCUUUCGUGAAAAUAACAUGGCUGUACCACCGAUUUUCCUGAUCUCUAACUAUGAUUUAUCUGACUACGAUUUUCCAGUCCUGGUGGACACCCUGAUUAAGGAUCUCCAUGCUCAAAAGCGCCACAAUGUUAUGCUUUCCCUGCCUGACAUUACAGAGGCAGUCAUUGACAGAAAGCACAAGGCUAUGCAGCAGUUUAUCUGGCUAGACGCCUUCAUGGCUGAAGUUAGGGCAACUUUACCUGUAUUGGGCACCCUCAGGGAUAAUGAUGUGGAGAAGCUGGAGAAGAGUUUAAACCACUAUCGAGAAAUUUUUGGAGUGGACGAUAAAUCCCUGGAGUUAAUGGCUAAGAAUUUCCAAGUGCCUAUUGGGCAACUAAGAGAAAUAAUUAAGUCUCCUCAUUUGUUGAAGACUAACAGAAAGGAAACAUUAGGAGAAAAUCUUUUGAAAUAUUUAAAGAAAUUUAUAUUAGCUAACGGUAGGCUCCUUGUUGGAAGUCUUUACUUCGGAAAAACCUUUUAUUUACUAUUUCAUUUCCUUGACACGGUGAGUGAAGAUGCCAAAGUUCUCCUUCAAUGGACAUAUUCAAAACACUAGUUCAAACUCAGUUUAUCCACAGCUUGUAACCCUGACAAUACCAAGUAGUAGAUACCAGGAAGCCACUGGAGAAAUUCCCCAUCUGAUAUAUUUUCUCUCUCUCUUUUUUUUUU